AUGCCUGCCAGUCUUCCCAACAUCUGGCUUCCUCCUUCCUCUCGUCCUACUGACCCUAUGCAGCUCAAUCUCAACAAACCGUCUCUCCUCACCCCUCCGCUCACUCCUCGUUCUAGUUUGGGCAGUGUGGCCACAGACCCAAAAGUGUCGCGUGUCCUGAGUGUUUCCCCCAUCCCUUCUGCGGUCGAAGACGCGUAUUUGAACUUUACUCUUCGAAUUUCUCUCAAGCCUCCUGGUGGAAAUCCAAUUCAUUCCGUUUAUCGUACUUCAGAGGAGAAUGGUCGCGUCGUCGUUCUCAAUGACCCGCGCGACGCCGUCGCUCUCCAGCAAAUCCUCAAAACUCCUCCCAAAUAUAUCAAGCAGUACCUGCAAGAUAAGCAAGUUACAACUGCAUUCCUUUCCGUCGACCAAUUUGUAGAGCUGUGUGGUCCUCACCCAGUCGCUGAUGCCCUUCGAAGUCCCGCGUUCCGCAUCUCAGUCGUUCCGACCGACGGUGACCCAGAGCCCUCAGUAAAAGCGUUUCUCGAGUCAAAAGGCACUCUCUGUUCUUUUCAUUGUCAAGAUCAGUAUAUAUUCGAAGCUGAAUACUUCAAUCUCAACGACACGUCUGCCCUUUGGGACCUUUUCAAAGCGUCGCCUGUUGUGACAUCAACCUUUACGCUCUUCAUGUCCUGGCCUGGCGCCAAACUCGAGCCCAACGAGGUCAUUUACAGUACGACUCCUAUGCAGCCCAGUCCUUCCUACACGUUCCCAAAUGUGCCGUCGCCUACGACGUUCGUCCCACCACCACCGCACAUGCUAACACCGCACCCAUUCCCCCUUCCCCCUCCCCUCCCUCAUAUCAUGUCCCCUCCACCGCCCCCAGUAUUUUUCCACGGUCCCGGCACACCCCCUCUUCCGUUCCAGCAGGCACCGAUGUUCUUCAGCCACAAUGGAUGGUACGACUGUCUUCCUGGUGUUCCCGGUCCGCCACCGCCCGUGACAGAGUAUUGGGCACCCGCACCUCCUCCCCAACCCAUCCAUAAUGAAACUGGGUUUGUCGACGCGGCACUUGCUAACCUUACGCUUCGGGAGCAUCAGCGACAUCCUGUCCGCGUGCAGGCUUUGGCUAUUGCAAACACGGAUAAAAAUCCAUCCGAGGUCGCCCAAGCAGAAAGUUCUCAACCGUCUUCACCGAACAUUGGAUCCCCAUCUCUGCCCACCAGCACGCCGAAAUGCAAUCUGCUCUCGAUCCCACGGAUCAGCAGUGGUGUGGACACGCGAACGACGAUCAUGGUGAAGAAUAUUCCUAACAAGAUGAACUGCGACGAUUUGAUCCGGUUCAUUGGCGGUGUGGUGGAAAGGAGAUUCGAUUUCGUGUACCUCAGGAUGGAUUUUUCCAACAAUUGUAAUUUUGGCUACGCUUUCGUCAACUUUAUCACCGUAGAAGAUCUGCUCAAGUUUGCGAAAGCGAAGUUGGGACGCAAGUGGAAUAUGUUCCAGUCGGAGAAGGUUUUGGAGAUGUGUUAUGCCAACUACCAGUAUGUUUUGUCUUCUCGAGACUGGGUGGCUGCUGAAUGAGUGGGUUUGACAGAGGAAAAGAA